ACCAAGCCCUGAAGAGCUGCAAGUCAACAUGCAGGAGAGGUGGUCCGUGCUUUGCUUGUAUCUACAUGCAGAAUAGGUUGAUUUCCUCAUCCCACUGCCAUAAAAUCUUAGACCAGGUUUCAACAUGUGACCACAUUCUCUCUCACUCUAAAUAAAGAACUGCGUCAGCACCAACACACUGCCCACAUGGUCCAGAAACAUCAAGCUGGUCUUUUAAUAGAUCUACUUCAACCUAAGUGACUUGGUCUGAUUCUAACACAUCAGAUUUUCACCUUCGGGUGCCAUGGCAGGACAAGGAGUGACCAUUUCUCAUGGAAUCUCAUGCCCAGUACGACACAAGGUGCAUUUUGAUAAAACGGACCCAGAAAAGUGUAAAGAAACCCAUCACUUGUUUGCUUUGCCAGGACCUGGAAUCGGGGAACUUAAAUUGGACUCUAAAAGCAGUACUGGAAUUACAGGCAGUGACAAGGAUUUAGGAGAUCCCCUGUUCCGAAUCCUCCUGGAUGUGACUCAGUUUAAACCUGAAGACAUUCUUAUCCAGGUGUUUGAGGGGUGGCUGUUGGUCCGAGGGCAACACGGUACACGCAUGGAUGAGCAUGGCUUUGUGUCACGAAGCUUUACCAGACAGUAUCAGCUACCUGAUCAUCAGAUGCAAUCAGGUGAUCUGACAGCCAUGCUGAGUCAUGAUGGAAUAUUGGUGGUGGAAACCAAAGAAAGAUGGUGGGCAGCAUCUGAUUAGCAUUUGGCAAGAUUUCUGGGUUUUCACCAGAUGUGCAAUUGUUUAAUGAUUUUGAUGUCAUUUUAUGACUGUGCAGGUUUUUCUGAAUGACAACAGAAAGUUUGCCUGUAGCAUAGCGGUCAAUAUUCUCUUUUUGUAUGUAAAUGUAUGUGUAAUUUGCACUGAUUUAACAUGUAUUGUGAUUACCAAAAAAUAAUGUCAUUUCUGCACACAGUGAAAUGUUAAAAAAAAACAUAAAAAUACUCUCUAAUAA